AUGGGAAAUUAAUGCGCUUCUUAGUGUUAAUGCCAAUAAUAAUUAAAGGAAUAAGUAGCAACUGAAAUUAUAGUAUGACUCCUUUUAAUUUUAGAUUGCAAAAUCCGAUCCAAACAGUUUGAAAAGUAAAAAGUCAAGUUCUAAAUAAAGUAUUAAAUAAACUUAUGCUAAAACUUAAUAAAAAGAAGCUAAAAAGGAGACUGAAACAGAAGAACUCUAAAAUAAAGUAUAAAAACAAAAUAAGGCAGCAAUCAAGAUUCAAAAAAAUUGGAGAGGUUAUUUAGUUAGAAAGAAGAAAACAUUAAAAAAUUCUGUAAAAAGAGAUACUAAGAAAAAUUAUUUAGGAGAAUAACUUGAACCAAUUACACUCCCAAAAAAUUCUUCAACUGUUGAAUUGGAAUCGCGUCCUGCUUACAAAUUUAAAAGUGGAGCAGUAUAUGAAGGUUAAUGGAGAGGUACAUAGAGAGAAGGUAUAGGAACAUAAACUUGGGCUGAUGGUGCAAAAUAUGUUGGAGAAUGGAAGUUAAGCCAUGCAAAUGGUAAAGGAAAGUUUUAUCAUAUUGAUGGAGACACUUUUGAUGGUUAUUGGGAAAAUGAUAAGGCUAAUGGAUAUGGUGUUUAUACACAUGCAAAUGGGUCUAAGUAUGAAGGAGAAUGGAAAAAUGAUUUAUAACAUGGUCAUGGCGUAGAAACUUGGUUUGAUGGUUCAUAGUAUACUGGAGUGUAUUUUGAAGGUAAGAAGUAAGGAAAAGGAAAAUAUGAAUGGCCAGAUGGAUCAUUUUAUGAAGGGGAUUGGCAUGAUAAUAAAAUUACAGGAUUCGGUACUUAUUUUUGGGCUGAUGGAAGGGGAUAUACUGGUUAAUGGUUGAAUAAUUGUAUGCAUGGGAAAGGAAUCUAUACUUGGAAGGAUGGUAGAAAAUAUGAAGGGGAAUAUAAAUAAGAUCGUAAGGAGGGUUAUGGUACAUAUACAUGGGCAGAUGGAAAGAAAUAUGAAGGAUAAUGGCAAGAUGGAAAAUAACAUGGCAAGGGUAAAUACAUAUUCCCUGAUGGAAUAAUAAAGGAAGGAAUUUGGAAGGAUGGAAAAAAGGUCAAAGCUUUAGAUAAUACUAGUGCUCUAUGA